CUUAAGUUGUCUCAAGGUCAACCGGGGCAGAUGGGUGCGCCUGGCAAUGCUGGUCGUUCGUUGACAGUGCAGAUUGGAAGCCCGGGCCCGAGGGGACUUCCUGGCAGACCUGGAGCGCCCGGUCAACCUGGAACCAAUGGUUAUCGACCUCCUCAAGGACCUCCCGGGCCUAUGGGUGUGAUGGGCCCACCAGGCAAUAUGGGCCCUCCAGGACCAGAAGGAGCUCCCGGCUAUUCUGGAGUGCCCGGAGAGCCCGGACAGGACGGAGAGUAUUGUCCAUGCCCUCCGAAAAGUGCAGGGAUAGAUAGAUAUCAGCCGAUGCCAGGUUAUCAGACAGUUCCACCUGCGGCUUAUCAAUCAAUCACGACACCAACCAGCCAAUUACGGUAUGUCCACUUUUAG